AUGAGCAUUUUGCACAAGGAAUUCAACCUGCCUAAUCCCUUAGCUAAUAACUGGGCCCUUCAAUCCCGGCUCCUUACAGGUAUUUUGACCCUUAGCAGUCUUUUGUCCCCUAUCUUCGAGUUGUAUUUACCUAACGGUUUUGAUAUCUCAUUUUUGGAUCGUUUGCCUACUUUUCUUUUACGGCGUACUGCGUAAAAACCAUCUUUUACCUAGUUCCCGUCAUAUUUUGGCUCCUUCCCAACAGCUUAUCCGACUUGUCAGGUCAGACUUUCAAUUUUUCCCCGGGGUGCCCCUCUUGUCACUCACUAUUCGGUGGGGUAAUAAACAGGUUGUGUAA